CUGAGACGGGUGUGAAUCAUACUACGAGUUUCCACUCUUCCACGUAAUUUCGCUAUCCUCGAGGAGAUCGCCGCCGGCGGAACCUUCCGACAAUUUUCGGCUGAGCCCUCCCAUACCCGCCUGUUCUCCAAAGCACCGGGGAGUAGCUUUUACUUUAUGUGGGACAUUUCCCUGCUUCAAAUUUCGCAUCUUUUCUCCCUCAGAAACGAGGCGGAGGAGGAAGAAACGAGGCGGAAAGACGUGCGAUGGAGAUCUUGUAACCAAUGUACUGAGAGAAAGUGGCUGAUGCUGAUUGGUAUAAGGGGAUUUUUUUUCUUUUCUUUUUUUUUUUUUUGGAAUCGCGAGUAAACAGAAGAAAUUGGUGAGAUAGAAGGGACGGAUCAGUAGGACUGUUUGGUGGGUUGUUUUUAGCGGGGACUUGCUUCUCGCGUUGCAGCUGCAGAAGCUGUGCUCUUAUCGUGAUCUCCGCGCCACGCUUCGCUUCCAUCUCUCCUCGAUCCGAAUUCCAUUCUUGGCGGAAGAUGCCCAGGAACAGCCCUCCGAAGCAUCGCCAUGACAGGACCUCGCCGCUGCCCCUUGGCAUGGAUUGGAGCCCUCCCCCGAAGCGUUGGGAUGGAAGGAAUACUGUCUGGCCUCACAACCCCCAAACUGGUUGGAGCUAUUGUGUAACGGUUCCUUCUUGGAAUGUUCAGACGGAGCCUGGUGCAUCCCAUGGGAGCUUCUUAAAUCCUAUUAUUUUUUACAGGAUUCACGUGGGUAUACAAUCCCCAGAAGGUGUUAGCACGAGCCAUGAGUUAUUACGAAGAUUCAGUGACUUUCUGCAGUUAUACUCUGUGAUUAAAAAGGCAUUUCCCAGAAAAGAUUUUCCUUUGGCCCCACCAAAGCAUGCUUUAUUGAGAAUUAAUUCCAGUCAUGUGUUCCUAGAAGAGAGAAGGUAUGCUUUGGAGGAAUGGAUGGGAAAGUUACUCUCUGACAUAGAUCUAGCCAGAAGUGCACAAGUAGCUGUUUUUCUUGAAUUAGAAGCUGCUGCAAGGUCAGCAUUUCAAUGUGUCAAUAAUGCUACAGAUUCAAGUUCUUCAACUGGUACUAAUGCCACAAACCCACUGUCUCUAGCUAAACCUACUUCUAGUGUUUCUGUUGCUGACAGUUCAACAGCUAUAUCUAACUUGCCUCAUGCUUCAUUGGAUAGUUGCUAUAACAAUGCAAAUGAUUCAUCAGACAUUGCUACAGAAAGAAAAGGAAUGAUUCGAGUUUCUCAAGCUAGUGCUGAAGAUGUAUCAUUGUUGGUUCAUGAUCAUUCUGUAAAUGUAAACGUAGAAAUCAGGAAUGACAUCAUAGGUGGAUCAUUCUUCGAUCGGCCAGAAGAUUUCAGUAGGUGUAGUAAGUUGAAUGACAGAAAAGAGCAUCCUGUUCCAGAGAGAGAGAUAGUUGGUGCCAGUUCUUCAAGGGACGUAAUGGAGUUUAUAUCUGAUCAAGACCAUGAUACUCUUCCUGGUCAUGCUCGUAAGUUCUCCACUGAAAGCUUUGGGAGUGACAUAAGUUCUACAAGGGGCAGUGAACUAUCAUCUGCUGGAGUCACAAAUUCAAUUUGGGAAGGUUCCCUUGAUGCUCCUGGCGAUGCUGAAGUAGUAAAUGCCACAGAUGGCUCAGGAACACAAAUCCUUGAAAAUUCACAAAUUGUUCUUCCAUUUGAUCAAAGGCAGAAGUUAAAUAGAGUUCUUGUAGGCAUGCAACAAAGGUUAGCAACAGCAAAAACAGAUAUGGAUGAUCUUAUAGCUCGUCUGAACCAAGAAAUGGCUGGGAAAGAAUAUCUUAGGACAAAGGUCAAGGAUUUGGAGGUUGAAGUGGAAGCCAAUGAACAAAAAGGUAAAGAAAACUUGCAACAAGCCAUCUUAAAUGAAAGAGAGAGGGCCACACAAAUGCAAUGGGAUAUGGAUGAAUUAUGCAGAAAGUGUUCAGAGAUGGAGGCGAAGCUCAUGUUUGAACAAAAUGAAAGAAAUUGUUCUGAGUUAGAGAAGGAAAUUGCUAAUGAAGAAAAAGAAUCCUUGCAACAGGGACUGGAUAAUAAUCAAGAAAAAUUAGAUAAUAUGCGAAAGCUGAUGGAGGAACUGGAAUUGAAAUCAAAGGCUGAUAUCAAAGUCCUUGUCCAAGAAGUGAAAGUUCUGAGGAAAUCUCAAGCAGAUCUGAAAGAAAUGUUGAAUCGGUCCUCAAAAGAAAAGACUGAGCUAGAGGGAAUUGUACUCAAGGAAAAACAGAGAUUGUCGAAUGCAAAGUCAGCGAACGAUACUCUUCUUCACGAAUGCCAAGUUUUUCGUGAUCGGUUUAAAGAAUCCAGUGUUAGUUUUCUGACUGAUGAGGAAGACAAGUUCGCUACUACCUCGUCGUCACUCUCUGAUGUCUUUGAUCUUUUGGCAACAUCAGAUAAUAGGAUAAAUCUCCUUCUCGCUGAGGCUCAUCUCCUUGCACAAAACUACAAAGUGGCACCUAUAGAUGUUCAUGCUGUUCAAUCUAAUGAAAUGUCUGAAUGUCUGAUCCUACCAAAUGAAACAGACGAUGAGAUACGAGAAAUUCUUACUGAUGCGAUCAUAGAUAACCUGCAACUGAAGAAACAAAUAAACUCGGUCGUCAAACGUGCCUUGAAUACCGUAUCAAAACUAGAGAAAGAAGACACCAUUGAAGCCCCUUCCAGAAAGACUGUCCUCAACCAUUUCUUGGAGAGGUGAAACAACACAUGUACAUUUCUCUACUGUAAAUAUAGUCGUACCUUUCUGCUUGAGUUUUGCAUUCGCGAUCUCGCAAAUGUGUCAUGUAUUCAAAUAAUUUUUUUUAUCCUUAGCCUAAGGUAAGUCAUCUAGUUAUACAUAUGCCAACUCUUCAGUCUCACAUCUAAAAUUCAUAUAUUGCCUUCA